AUGGAUCACACAAAAUACGAAAAUUCUGAUUCUUCAUCGGAUGACAAUUUACAAGGAAUGACACCAAUUCCACCUAAUGUGUUAAUUUCACCUGUACAAUUAUUAACUAAAGAAAAAUUAGCUCAACAACGAUUCCUCAAAAGAUCUACCAAAAGAUUCGCUAAAUUAGAAUAUCAUUCUUCAGAAUUAUUAUUAAAUCAAAAGCAGGAUAAUGAUACUAAAAAGAUAUCACUACCAUUACCUUUUCAAAACAAGCCGUUAGACACGUCAACAUUUAAUAAUGAAAGUAAUUCUUCAUUAUUAUCUUCAUCGAUCUCUUAUAAUAAAAGUCGUCAUUCGUCAUCAUCUUCAUCAAGCUCUUAUAAUAGAAGUCAUUCUUCGUCGUCAUCUUCAUUGAUCUCUUAUAAUAGAAGUCGUUCUUUAUCACCAUCUUUAUCAAUUUCUUAUAAUAGAAGUCGUUCUUCAUCACCAUCUUCAUCGAUCUCUUAUAAUAGAAGUCGUUCUUCCAGUUCUUCGUCAUCAACUCAAUCAUUACAAAAUCAUAGAGUGUUCAUGUCUAAGAAGAGAAGAUUUGAAGAAAUUGAAGUGCUUCAUUCAGGGUUUCUCUCAUUUGCACAAAAACAAUCAGAACACGCGCGAAAAAAAUUGCAAUGUAAAUUUCCCAUGUUAACACCAACACAAGCUAAAGAGAGUGCAAUGAGAGAAUUAACAACGCUUCCAACAAUUGGUCUUUCGAAUGCUGUAUUAGAAAUCCGUGCAAAGUCUUUGAAUAGGCGAAGGGUGAUGAGAAUAACAAAUAUACCGCGAAUAAUUGGAGUCAAGCCAUCAUCUUCCAAACAAAAAAAUAAACCUAUACACGAUUUCGAUACUUUUAAAAAAAAAUUGUAUCCACAUGCUCAGGGAACAGUUCUUGUUCCAUUUUCGCCAU